CAAUUCGUCAACUCCAGUCUGUUGUUAAGGAAUAGAAAAGAGAAUUGGAAGGCAACAGCGUUGCACAACGAAAGGUGAAAAGUUUAUGCUCUCCCUUUCCCCCCGUGUGUGUGGUUGUCGCUGAGAUUUCCAGUUGGACCACCAGAAUAUUUGUUGGCAGAAACUGGAGCAAACUUAUGUAACAAUCUGCACUUUCUCAUGCUAAAUGCCGAACUUCAAAGGCAUGUUUAAUGUAUUGCGGGUGCAUAAUCUAAACACAUCAUGUAUUCAGCUGGCAUGUUCACAAAUCCCUAUGCCACAGAAGUACUGAGAACUAAAAAGGACGAACUUGUAGAUGGCAUAAGGAACCCUGAUCAGCUUCUGAACUGGCUGAUAGAACAUGGCAUUUUUACACCAGAGAAAAAAAUGGUCUUAUCCUACUACAGAACAAGAACUGCAAAGAACUCCCGGGUCCUGGAUAUAUUGGUUUCUCAAGGUGAGCGAGCUUGCAGGCUCUUUUUUUACCCAUGUCUGAAACAGAUUGAGCCACAGCUAUAUAACAGCAUGAGGAGUUAUGUCAGCAAUGUGAAUGAAAGAAUUGGUGAUGCCAGAAGGCAACUGAUAGGGUAUCUACUGGAGAAAGAUAAAGGGUGGGUUCAAAAGGGUAAAGAUCCUCACCAAGAAAAGAAGGAUAGCCCCAGACAGGUUUUAGCUAAGCCAGAAAAGCUGACUCAGAUCAAACGUAAAGUAAAACAGGAUUCAGCUGCUGUGAAAUCCCAAGACAAUUCUUUCAAUUCUCUUUCCAUCUUUGAUUCUGUGGCUAAAGGUAAUCUUUCCUAUUUAGAAAAGAUCUUAAAAGAGAAUGAUAUUAACGCAGUAAACUCUGAAGAUGAAACCCUCCUACACAUUGCAGCAGCUCACGGGCAUACAGAAAUAAUUGACUAUCUAAUCGGCAGAGGGGCUAAGCUGGAAGUUAAGGAUAAGAAAGGAAGAACCCCGCUACACAGAGCUGCUGAGAGAGGUCACGGCGAAGCUGUGAAAAUGCUGCUCCAAUCAGGUGCCAACAUGUACACCUUGGAUCAGGAAGGCAAGAGCCCCCUUCAUUUGGCCCAUCAGAACCACCACACCCAUGUUCUGAAGAGCAUCCUGAAAGAAGAGGCGAGGCGACACAAGAACCAACACAACUUCCUGCACAUGGCUGCUCUCAGAGAUGACAGUGAGCUGGUGCAAGCCAUCCUAAAGAAUGGCGCUUUGAAGGAUGCCAAGGAUGAGAGAGGACAGACCGCUUUGGGCUAUGCCGUGUCUCGAGGGUUUGAGAAGACUGUCCAGGUUCUCCUGGAAGCUGGAGCCAACAUUGAUUCCAGCAUCAUUGAUGUAGCCUUUAACAGCAACAGUCAAUCUCUCUUCAAGUUAUUGCUGGACUAUUCCAAAGGCAUGUCCCCGGCUACAAUGGUGUCAGCUCUCUUUAAAGCCAUUCAAAAGGACCUGCAUGGCAUCGUAGCAGCUUUAAUUGAUAAAGGUACCGACAAAAAUGCCCUCGACGAAGCGCAGUACACACCACUGCUUGUGGCGUGCGAGAUGGGCAAGACCGAAUCAGCAAAAGUUCUCAUUGAAAAGGGAGCGAGCCUGAAGGACAAGACCCCAAACUCAAGCAGUGCUUUACAUCUGGCAGUUCAAGCUGGAGCCUCCUCCAUUGCAAAGAUGCUCCUGAGCAAAGGAUUGGAUGCCAACAUUGCCGGGCAGGGAGAUCAAACCCCCCUCCACGUGGCCGCAUUGCACAAUAAGGGAGAGCUAGUUGACUUAUUAAUUGACGUAGGUGCGAAAAUUGAUUCGGUCACUAAAGAACUGCUCACUCCCUUGCAUGUUGCAAGUUAUAAGGGCCAUGUGGAAGUUGCGCAAAAGCUGCUGCGGCGAAAGGCUAAUGUCAAUGUUAAGGAUAAGCAGGCAAAGACAGCUCUGCAUCUUGCCGCUGAAGCAGGAAAUCUUGCUAUGGUAGAACUGCUGCUGAACUACAAUGCUGACUCCAAUGCAACAGACAAGGAGAAAAAGACCCCGCUUCAUCUUGCAGCCAUGGGAGGUCAUCUUAACACAGUGAAAGUGCUGUUAGCGAAGAAGUCCAGGUUUGGUGCCAAAGACAUGGACGGAUGCACAUCUAUGCACUAUGCCACCAUCAAUGGGAAUGUGGAGAUACUACAGGCCCUUCUGGCUGCUGGCAAGAAUAAAAAUAUCGAUGACAAAAAUAUUUGGAGGAAGACGCCGCUACAUCUUGCAGCAGAACACGGACACAGCGACCUAAUACAUUUCUUCUUGAGCAACGGUUCAGCCAUUAAUGCUCUGGACAACAAUAAGGACACACCAUUGCAUUGUGCUUGCAGAGCCAGUCAUUUUAACUGUGUGAGCGCACUGGUCAGCUGGUCUGAGGGGGGUAAAGCAAAUCUACAGGCCACAAACAGCCUGAAGAAGACUCCACUUCAAGUAGCAGAAUCCAGCCCAACUGAAAGCCAGGCUCAAAUUGUUACUCUUUUGAAAAAGAAAAUGUUAUUGAUAAGAUAAAUGUGCUAAGAAGAAAUUACGUAAGAAGCACAAGUUGUUUCUUAUUGCUAUCUAGUGCCUUGUUCUCACCUGUGUCUGGGCUGCUCUAUUUCAGGGUCAAUGCAGGAAAUCAGUGGUUGGAUCUCUUGAUUAUUAUUAUUUUAAAUCAAAAUCUUAAAGGAGGGAGGGUUCCUAUAAACAAGCCCACAAAAGGUCCUAGCCUUAAGAAAACAACUAGUCCGUCCACUGGAGGCGGUUGGCAGAAGUGUUUCAUUCCUCCCGAAGCAAGCCUCUCUGCAUUCCUACAGAGGCAGGGCUUCCCUCACCUGCCAGUGCACUUGGUUUCUAUUCUGAGCACAGAGGAGGAAUGGGGCCCUCAUCCCUCCUUCUCCUCAAGCCUACUCACUUGCCUGCAUGCAAUUCCAUACUGCCUACAGGUACUAGGCUAGUCCUUAAAUACAGUCAUGGAAAGGUUAACCUUUUCCUGUAAUGGCACCCAGCACACGGAAUGCCAUUCCAUGGAGGGACUAAGCUAUCUCCCUCCUUGCCAGUGUUGUUUUUGUUUGCUCUUCAAAAUUAUUUGGUUGGAUUACCGCUUAGCAUUAAAUUUUAGUUUUAGAUUGCCUGCCUAUCUCUUAUUGUUCCUGAUUUGUUUUGAUGUUUUAUUGUUGUGUGCUGUUUUAUUACAAUUGAUAUUAGCUGCUUUGGACAUAAGCUUGUCGGGGUGUGGUUGGGAUUACAGAUAUUACUGUACUAGGAGGGUUCUGCCCAUGGGUGUAGCCAGGAUUUUUGUUAGGGAGGAUAGGACAUUGUUGGAGGGGCAGAACUGACGUGAUUGGUCAGUUAGUUAAGUAUUUAUAUUGUUUUACUUGAUCGGGGGAAGUGGGGAGCUGCCUCCUCUUGGCUACGCCCAUGGUUCGGCCCCCCCUGCUCAUUCCAUUGGGCAACCCCCAAUGCCCCCACAUUAACCCCUUUUUCUUUCCUUUUUCACCCCAUGCAAUUGCUAAACCUCCAUUUCACUUUCCCAACUAUAUUUCUGAAGCAGCUACUCUCUUCUGUUCUGCAGCCCAACUUUUCACCCAUUUCCCCCUAUGUCCAUGCUUCCCCCUCCAUUUUGGCACCCCCAUUCACACAGCCCCCGCUCCAUGUCUCCUUUCGUCUCCUAUUCUGUAGUCCCAUUUGCACACAUACCCUUGUGAUUAUAUGUUAUUGUAUCUUUAAAACCUGGGGCACGGGUGGCGCUGUAGUCUAACCCACAGAGCCUAGGGCUUGCUGAUCAGAAGGUCGGCGGUGAGCUCCUGUUGCUCAGUCCCUGCUCCUGCCAACCUAGCAGUUUGAAAGCACAUCAAAGUGCAAGUAGAUAAAUAGGUACCACUCCAGCGGGAAGGUAAAUGGCGUUUCCAUGUGCUGCUCUGGUUCGCCAGAAGCGGCUUAGUCAUGCUGGCCACAUGACCCAGAAAGCUGUCUGCCGACAAAUGCAGGCUCCCUCGGCCAGUAAAGCGAGAUGAGCACCGCAACCCCAGAGUCAUCCGCGACGACCUAACGGUCAGGGGUCCCUUUACCUUUACCUUAUCUUUAAAACAAAUAAAACUUUAAGAGAAGUUAUGUAAGUUAGCUUGUUCAGUUAGAUAAGGUUAAGUUUAUGGUUGUUGUUUAUAUAUGGGUGUUUGCUUGAUAAUAAAAUAUCUGAAUUACUGCAUUGAAUCUGGAACUUCAUGUUGAAGGCAAUACAUGGUAAGAGUGAAACACUCUAUGGGAUCCACAUCCAUUAUCUCUCUCAUAUAGGGUAGCUGAGGAAUGGAAGAAGGAAAGUAAGUGAAGAAGUGGGGGCUCUGAAAGGGGGAAAGUGACUAUCUUAAGCAAUGGCAGAAUGGAGAAACACCCAGAGUAUUACUUAUUUCAUAAAAUUUCUUCAGUGCACUGCUUGAUUGUAAAAACAAAAACCUUCAAAACAAUUUACAAAAAAAGAUAAAACCAAAUUUGUAUUUGAUGGCUGUACCUGUUCUUCCUGCUAUAUUGUUUAUUUAUGGAAUUUGGGUCCCAUUAUUCCUUCAACAAGCUCAGAAGAGGCUUACAUCACGAUAAAGCUGAGUCAUGCUGACACCAUUUAAGGCAGCUGACGUGCUGUCUGCUCUCACACAAUUCUUGGUGCCUCAACAACUUUAUAGUUGAUAAGCCGAAAAGCUACUCCCAAAUUUAUUAUUUUAGUCCUCUCUUUAGUCGUAAAUAUGAAAUUUCUUGUUAAGGAUCUGCGAAAUGUGUGCAUUUUACAAAUCUCCUAUACCUGAGCAAUAGGGCAAUACUGUAACCUAACAUAGGCAGCGGCUACUGGCGUGUGACAGACGUAUUUUUAACUGAAGUAGGACCGGAAUGUUACUUUUCUCCCCAGAGCUCUCCUUCAACUUCUAUCCUUUGCUUUUGAUCACCAUCCAUGGCUUGCAACCAGAAGAGGUCAUUUUAUCCCGUUUUAGUUUCUCCCCGAGGACUCCCACUUUCCCUGCAAAAUUCUGCUUUUUGUAUGGUUACGCUGCGCUUUUACGUUUUCAUUUUGGAAGCUUCCCCUUGUCAUUCAGCUAUGUGUGUGUGUGUAUAGAGACAAGAACAUACCCUAUUCUAGUCUUCCUACCCUGCUUCUUCUCUCUUCCCAUCGCGGUCCGCUUCCUACCAAGCUCUCUUCCUAUUCCCACC